CCAGCGAUGCAUGCACACAGGUGCCGACCACGACCGCACCAGCAUGGCCAAGUGGGAUUCCACCUACCCGCGCUCCAAGCAGCGGUCAACCCCUCCCCGCCGCAGCCUCGCGCUGCGCCGCAAGCGCUCGUCCCACCGUGUCGCAUUGGGGCUCUCCUCUAGAGACUCCGGCGCGUCUGGGGCGGAUCUGGAGCUGGCGGUGCCCAAGCGGCGUCGCAGCAUCGGCAGGUCCACCACCACAACCUCCUCCUCCUCCGUGCAGAAGGGCAACGACGGCCAUGCGCGUGUGAAGCGAGGCGCGCGGCUCGAAGAGGCCGGCAUCGCGCACUUCCUCGCCGCGCUGGAGCGGACGUGGAAGAAGAUGGUGGCGGGCGCGUCGAGGAUGUUCGUGGAGAGGCACCGGAGCAGCCACAUGCAGCUCAUCAGCGACAUGGUCUAGCAGAUGAGAUCACCUAAGCUACCGCCCGUCCAACCGCCUUGGCGCCGCCGUUGCCGUUGGAUGUUCAGUUUCUAUCUAUGAACAAAGCGACCAAGUUCUCUUUACAACAGGACAUCUGAGUUCGUCGUGGUGAUGGCAGCUGACAUGAAGCCGCUCAAAAUCUCCUUGACCUCCCGUCAUGUUUCUUGCGAACGGCAAGGUUCCAUGGUGCCAAGUGGCCUUUGGCCAUCUUGAAUUGGGAUUCCAGUAACAAGUAGAUGGUGCUGCCACACUCAAUAUUUUAAUUUGUUUUAUUUUUCUUUUUGGAGAGAUGUUAAUCACCCAGUUUCCCUAUUAAUAACCUGAGAACACUUGCCUCCUCCCCAACCCUCGCCCCAGCCUGCCGCUGCUGGCUUGCUGCGUUGCUGUCGCCGCAGCAGAUAAUUAUAUUUUUGGGACUCUGUUUCUAUGCUCUGCUCGAUAGCAUUUUGGAUAUUGAUUGGACACGCUUUAUAUAAAACGAUUUAUCUUGUACAUUGCUCUGCCUAACUUGUAGGAGUAUACAUGAAACUAUACUUGUCAAAUAUCGAUACUUGUCAAAUAUCGAGUAUCAUAGCUGAAUAAUAACGUCUUGUUUUCUGUUCACCGAAUCAAAAUUCUUCUCUCUUUUUACGAUCACUCCAUCUUACAACCAUCAAUAAGAAAAACACUUAUCUUCAUAUUAGGAUUAUUAUUUUCUUGUCUGCAAUAUUAUAACAAUUCUUCACUCUUUUUACCAUCAAUCCAUCUUCUUACAGUUGCA